CGAUGUUGACUUGGAAAUGCUAGAGAGGCUCGUGACGCUUAUGUUUCUAACUAACGUUGCUGACGUUGACAAAGACUCUGUGUUUUCGAUUCCGGUUUUUGUACCAAGAAUGCUUUCUGAAGAAUUGGUUUUGAAAAUCUCUCUUUCGCAAUGCAACAAAGAUUAUAUGCAAUGCGAAGACGACAUCUCAGAACACUUAACAAAGAGAAUCCACACUUGCUGCACUGAUAUCGAUGUCGACAGUCGUUCAUCUGAACCACUUACAAGGUUAAUGCUAUUUGUAGGGGCCAGAAAUACACUGUGUAGGUUGGGUCAGCUACUUUUGCAACAAGGAGAUUUACCAUUGGUAUCUGUUUUAAAAUCCUCAAAAUUAAAGGAAGUGGAAAACAACAUUUUGCUGCAGAGACUACCAAAGGAACUUCAUUGUCGGCAGUAUCAUGCCGUGAUGAAGGUCAUAUCGUCCUACGAAGAGAAGAUGAGAGAAGAUUUUAUCACGCUGAAAAUGAAGGUAGGGGCAGAAACGUUGUGGUCACCGGAUGAUUCUAGCACCUGUUCUGCAAGUUUUCUGAUAAAGAAUAAUCUUUUUCAAAUUACAUCUAAUCCUAUAGAGUCUGACGAUAGGUUCAAGCAAGAUAAACAACAUUUUGAAACAGUCGAUGAAUAUGACGAUGAGAAUUGCCAUGCAGGACUGCAGUCAAGGAAGCUUUCACUAAACGGAAGUCAGGAAUCUCUAAUUGCAUCUACAGAUGAGGAAAGCGAUGAUGCUUCAGAGAAGGAAGACGACCUUAAUAAAGAACUUGGAAUUGAUGAAAUAAAGCAGAUGAUCCGGAAAGAAGCUCCAAACCUUUGGACGGAAGAUCAAGUUAGAGUUCUCGCCGUCAGGAUGAUCGAAGUUGACGUCGAAGAAGUGGCAUGCGUAGAAGCAAUGGAGGAUAUACAUUCCGCAAGUCAAGCUGACGUAUUUGAAAUUUGGGAAGACGGCCAGUUGCUACACAGAAGAACAUAUCGAGAGCGCAGCUCUAUUAAGUCUUUCGUCAAUGCCGAUGAUGUAGGCAACUACCUAGGGUUAGUUGUAAAAGAUAGUGAGUGUCCUCAGUACUACUUAGGUGCAAUUCGACUUUACGUAAUUAGACAAAAGGUGAAGGUUUUCGUCAAGAUAGAACUUUGGAACUCUGAACUUCAGAAAUAUGAACCUCUUUCUAUGCAAGAUGACGAUAGUUCCGAACAUUGUACGGUUUCACUAGAAAGACAAUUUUGCAUAAACGCAACUGUAGCGUCUGUGACAAAGACAUGUUUAUGGUGGGCAGGGAAAUGUUGUACCGUCUCAUUACCUGAUGUGCAUAAUUGUCCGGCUGUCAUCGUAAAUGAAGAUGGAACAAUUCUUGAUUCAGAGCGCAAAUUGAAAUCUCUGGCUGAUAAUGAGCAGUUGAAUCUGAAGUGCUUGCUGCAUUGCCCUUAUACAAUGAAGUUCAAAUAUCAAGAAUCUGAAGUAGUUGUACCGUACAGCAAUACUUGGUAUGGUGAUGACGAUCUCGUUAAAAUGUUGAGGUAUUUUUUGAGAUAUCAAGAUCCUAGGUAUGUCGCUAAAUACCACAUUUGGACUAUUCCCGAAGUCACGGAGACUUGGCCGCUAGACUACAAUUCUAUUUCAGUGUACUUUUUGCCGGAAAGAAGCGUUCGACCAUUCAAAGUGAAGCGUAGCGGAGAAAGUACUUCUAUUUGGCCUCUUCUUGCAACAACUACGCCAAGGUCACUCCUCUACAAUGAAGGUGUGAGGAAAAAAGUACAGGAGACGGUCUCGGCAAGUUUUGAAGCAAAAUCUGAUGUCGAACUUUACGAGAAUGAGCCAAUCGGUCACCAUUGGAAAGCUUUGUCUUCCCAUAUUACAGAAACAAUAAUUGUCAAAUCGGCAGGAAGGUCCUCUCCUUUCAAUAUGCUGGUUUUUGGCGACGCCGUAUCGUCUGAGACUGGUCGAUAUGUACCGGUUUAUCGUAAAGAUCUUGAACAAAACGUGACUGGAAGCGAAAGCAGUAGUGAAGAUGAUUCUAGUGUUCUUCUCAACGUGGUUUGCAAGAAUUUGUCUAACGUAGUUGGUAAUGUACUGGAACCUACAGACUUCUAUUUAGUUCACAGACGAAGCCAACUGGUAGUGAACUCGGCUUUAGCGUUGUCCAUGACAACACAAGAACUGUCAGAUAUUAAGUUAGUGUCUAAAACGGACAGUAAUUUUAAAACGUACAAACUGUGGAUAUCUCGUUACAACUCCUUGACCCUGGAACGCUUUCCAUUAGAUGAAUUCAUUGAAAUCACGUUCUGUCUGGAAUCAGAAAGUGAGUUAUCACAAGUCACAUGGACGGCAGUCAGACGACUUUUACUGAAGAAGCAGUCUAUACAAACGAACGACGCAAAACACCUUUUCUUCUCCGGAUCUCCUCCAAUUCUUACUGCUUUAGAAGGCACCAUCGCAUUUGAUGACUCUGUAGCAAUAUUCGACUUGAUCAGACGAGAAGUCAAACUUGCAGUUGGAUACUGGGAUUCGCUAGAGCCAGAAAAGCUGCAGUCGUUUCCUUUAGAAUCAUUCAAAGAUAUUCUUGUCAAUCGUCUUACGGCCGUUACAAAAGAAGGAGUUACUGCGAGCAAUGUUGUAAAUUUGUUGGCAACCAUUGCCGGCAUUCCUGAAUAUCUUUGCCGUCUUUUGAAGGACAAUGUGAAGAUAGAAUCAAAUGAAAUUCUGACCAUUUUAAUACAAACGUCGAACCAAGUCCCUUACCAGUUUGACGCAAUGGAGGAACUGAACUUUACUGUUACUUUCGAAGAUAGAACCAAGAAAACGAAUAUCAAGGCCGAAAAUCUUUACCCGAUGACAUUGUUAGAAGAAUGUGUAAAGGUAAUGGGAAUCGAUAGUUCUCCCCAAUGGUUUGAAUUGUGUAUACAUAAGAAUGCAACGGAAACUGAGACUAUCAACGCAAUGUCAAAAGAGCCAGUGGUGGAGACACUGUUGAGAUUGAAGAUAGAUUCAAACAGUAUCGUACUUAAUCUCAAGCCAGCUAAUUUUCUAAUGACGGUAGAACUACGAGAAGAAAAUCGAAUAGCUACAUUUAAAUUCCCGUGUUAUCGCAGUGUGUCAGAUUUUGUUCACAGAGCUACUCGUGAGCUAGAAGUAGCAAGUAGUGAUCAUGAGUGCGAAUUGAUUAUUGGCCCUGAUAUUCCAGUGAACUCUAAAGAUGGUGGCAGGCUGGAUAAGUUGGUGUCCAGCUGUCGUGAGAAAGGAUGGAUGGACGAUCAAUCGAUUGAAUUUCAGCUAAAGCUAAUAAGAGAUGAAGACUCUGCCAAAGUGGAGGAUUCGCGUGAUCUUCCAAUCUUGGAAGAUCAUCGACAGAUUGACAGUAGUCCAGCAGACGAAGUAGAAGAGGAAUACGAGCAUGAGAAAUUAUGCGCAAGCGCCACCGCCGAUUCUGACACAGAUUGGUUAGAUUCCGAUAUUUGGAAAUAUGUAGACUCUCACGCUAAAGAAUUGUGGAAUGAGGAAGAGUGUCGAUUGUUUUCGAUCUGCGAAGUACUCGUUGAAGAAGAGGAGUUGAAAUGUUUGCAUGGUCAAGCGGACGAUUUGAUUUUAGGAUGUACUGAUGAUUCGUUUCCAUUACAAAUUGACGAAAAGAAUACACGUUUUAUCUAUUGCAGUCGAUCAGCAGUAAAACGGGAUCUUAUUCAAACGUGUGAACCUCUUCUAAGGAAGGUCUUGAACGUUGAGAAACCAGUCGUCAGUGAUAUCUGCUUCGUUACUAGAGACGGUGUGGUCUUGAUGGAUGCCGAAUGGACAUGUUCGACUCCCCCGCGACUGGCAAGAACGGUUGAUUGUGUUUCUGUCCGGAUACGCGUUAGAUGUCUCAAACAGAUGUCGCGUGAUUUGAAACGUUCUAAUGCUGAUACGCCCAUGUUUGAAAACUUUGAGUCCAUCGAUUGUGGCGUGAUUGAGAGAGAUGUGUUGACUAAUGCUUCUGUCAGUAGUCUGACCAAGUUUGCUUCAAAGCUACAGCAAAAUGUAUUGCAUGGCAAAGCGACGAUGAUGCCUGUGAUGCACCUAGAUGAUGGAACAGUUGUCGAAAGCGAUGUCCAAGUUGGCCAGCUGCUUGACUGCGAGAGAACGAAUCUUAUUUGCACAUUUGGUUACGAUUACAUUAUCAGGUGCCGCAAUUCUGUCUUUCGUAUUGCAGUCGUUGCCGACUACUUUGAAGAGGCUCUUAAGGAAGAGGUUCGAAAGCAACAUCCGACACUAGACUCAACUUCGACUGAAAAUGACUUGAUGUUAUGGCCAAAGUACGAACCGACAGCAAGCAUGCAGUAUGAUGGGAAGCUUCAAACAGUAUUUGUGUUUCCCAACGGCAAGGAAAGAGUGUUUCGUGUCAAAGUAUGUAUGCCGUCAAGGAAAGAGUGUGUGUUACCAGUAUUACCGACAACUAAACCUUCAACAAUCUUGGCGUACAUAUCUAAUUACCAUUUCAAAGACACGAAUCAUCUCUGCUUGAAAAAGUCUGAUUGUGAGACACCACUACCUCACGAGCAGCCAAUUGGUCACAGUUGUAGUGACGGAGAAAUACUCUACGCACAGAAAGAGCCGAUCGUAGAAAUUUUGGGCUCUGAAGGUAGCGACUGGUCUUACUUCGAUGAGUCGAAUGGGAGAGUUGUCGUUGGUGAUCUGUUGGCUAAAGUGUGUGACAAAGCUUCGUUGGACGAGAGACCAGUAGAUAAGAGCACACAUUUCUUGGUUGAUGGCAACACUCAAGUUUGUUUACGUAAUGACCAAUUGUUGCCGUUGACAACUAGUGCUGUGCAGCUCGUUGCAACAAGCGAUUGUGAGCUUAUCAGUCUGCCCUUGUUUUCGUACAACUCAUCUGGUGAACGAAGUCGUGUAGACAACUCAACAUUCGACAUGCAGAUUACAAAAUGGGCUGAUGGUGGCGUAUCGUGGAAAAGUGCCUGUUCGUCUUUGUGUCAGAAGCAAUUUGUGCAAGACGUGGAUGUCUUCUCACAGACCUACAUGCCAUUUCUGACCUUAGCACAAUGCAAUAUUAUCUUAGCAGAAGACACAGACGUUAUCAGACUUUGUAGAGAACUCUCUAGUCCUUCUAGUUCUCUCUGUCUUGCAGUCGGUUAUUGGAAGCAACCUCUUCGUGUUCAUCUGUACGAGGUCAUUGUUGAGUGCUCUGUCAACAAUGAAGAGUUUUCUGUUGUAAUACCUAAAUUGGGCAUCGUCACUGCAGAUCAGCUGAUUAGGAUUGCUGCUGCUCAAUGGGGCAAACCAGAAAGUAUUUGUCGUCUUUCAGUUGGAGGAAAGUUUGUUCCACGAAGCACAUCCGUCUUUGAGGAACUUUGUAAUACUCGUACAAGCACUCAUGAUGAUAAAACGAUCAAAGUAACCUUCGACAUUUGCAAUGAUGUUGAUAUCAACGUAAUAGUUGACGAAACCAGCUUUCAAACUAUAUGUAGAGCCUCUACAUCGGAACCUGUAAGCAGUGUCAUCGAUAGCGCUCUUUCGCACUUUGGUAUUGACAUGAAGUGUGCCGAUGCGCUGCAGACACUCUUUCGACCAACUGCUGUCACUGAGGAUUUAGACCUGCAUUUGAAUUUCUCUGACUCGGUACAGAAAUUUCUUGCUAAAACGAAAAGAAACGUGGACACAGCUGAAAUUCGUCUCUGCCCAAGGAAUAUGAAGUUUCUGGUAAGUGUGAGCAAUGAAGAGUGUGAGUUUUCUGUGGAAUGUCCUCUCUACAAGUCCACAGCUGACUUAGCGGCGGAAAUAGGCAAAGAGAAGAUUUUUAACUUCCUAAACAUAAAUGGCAUCGAUGUGGUUCCAGAUAGCGAAAAAACGUUGUACCGUGUUAUAGAUAACCUUAUUGGGAAAAGAAAACUAGACUCGAAUUCAAUACCCAAAGUGACAGCAAUAGUUAUUGAGUCGGAGCCACAUACCCGAAAACCUUCUGCCAACUCUGACACCGUUUCCAUAGCAUCAAAUCUCUCAUCUGUUAGUGACGGUAUCAUUGAAGAUACGAACAAGUUGGAGGAAAUGGAAACAACUUGCGACAAUGUUGCGACGUCGGAAACAGUUGAGUCUACCGACUCUUCAUCGACUGUGUCGUUGGAUCGUGUACACGGUUCGCCCGAUACUUCUACCUAUCGUGUAUGGAAUGAAGAUGAUUGCAGGAUGUGCUGUGUCAAGGAAUUAAUUGUACAAAAUGAGAAGGUUCUGGUGCAUUCACCGUCAGCAAAAGACGUCACAAAUGUGUGUUAUGGAGACUCUUACGAUGUCGAGCUGCGUGGUGGCACACGCUUUUCCCUCGGCUGUGAUCGAAAAAUGGUAAAGGAAACAAUUGUCAAAAAAAUAGGAUCUACUCUUAGAGCUUUAUUUGGAGUGGACAAAUUAACAGAGAACGAUAUAUGUUUGGUGAACAGAGACAACAUAGUACUUCUAGAAGACGAGUGGACACGUUUUUCCGUUCCAAGAGUAGAAAUAUUGUGUGAUUGUUGGCCAAUUCGAGUACACUUGAGGCGCAUUACAGACUUAUCAAUAUCAACCAGCUUGGAACAUUCUGUAACCGAUUUGCCACAAUUCCACGCUUGUACUUCUGAACCAUUAGAUGUUAUCGAUCGGCAAGCGAUGAAAGAAGCGGCUGUUGGUACAAUCAUCAACUUUGCUUGUUCCAUGAUUCAGCGAAAUUUGGUCGACAAAGAAAUUCUUGCGGUGAUGCAUCUUGCUAAUGGAAUCGUUGUCGAUAAUUCAGAGAAGUUGGUUGAUUUAGACGAGGACGAUCGAAUGAAUCUGUCGUGCGCUUUUGGUUAUACCUAUGUCAUCCGAUAUCUUAGUCCACGGAGGUUAGCUUUAGUUCCCGACUUCUUCGAGACGUUUGUGGUCAAUGAGUUCAAGAAUCAAGAUUCCGAUCUUGAAGCUGCGACUGCAGACAUAUCAUUUGGUUUAUGGUGUUCUAACAACGCAGUCAGGUCACAUAGAGCAAUUGACACUAAACCUAAAUCUGUGUUUCUGCUCGCUCGGAGUCGAAUUUUACGCAUCAUCGUUGAAUCGAUGAGAGGAAGCAGCUUCAGCUUGUAUGUUUUGCCCACUACUAAACCUUCUACAAUCAUAGAGAACAUCGAAGGAUAUCGUCCAACUAGCGAUCAUUACGACGUGUGCUUGAGAAAGCGGCACUGUAGAAGACCGCUUCCCUAUGAACAACCUAUUAGUCACAGCUGUGUUAACGAAGAAGAGCUCAUUGUGGAAGAAAACAAGCGAGAAUUAUCAGUCAGUGAUUAUUCCGGUACUUACACUUGGACUCACCCUGUGCAAAGCUAUGUAAGAUUGGUUGUUUGCAAUCUAUUGGCAGAAUUGUGUCAAGAACUGAGCAGUCGGGCAGAAGAACCUGUAGAAGACGGCAAAUAUGUUUUAGUAGACGCUGAAACGCAGUGCUGUUUACACGAGAGUGACUAUCUGCCGUCCUCAACAAGGACAUUACAACUCAUUCCACUUAUGGAGUCGGAAAUCUUUCGACUGCCUGUGAUACGUUAUGACUGGUUUGGUGCUAGGCACGUUUGCAAGAAAUCGAAAUUUGAGCUACACGUAGCGAAGACAGCCAGAACUGGAAUAUCAUGGAUGAGGUUAUUGCAGUCUUUGACUUUGCCUCAUGAGCAGGAUUCUUCUGCAAAGGAGAUCUUUGAGGGAGCUUGUAAGCCUUUUCUGACGUUUGAAAACUGCAACAUUAUACUUGGAGAUGAUACAGAUGUUUUUAAGCUGUUGCGGUGUCUCCCAAACUCUCUUCAUCUUGCCGUCGCGUACUGGCGUCCUUUCCAUCUGGUGCCACUUACUGAGAUAGUCAUAGAAGAUUGUGACCAAAGCAGACUCAUUACCAUGACAUGUGUCAAAUCGGAUGAAGUCGGUGUUGCCGAAAUUGUGAAAGUGUGUGCGAUCUUGUUGGAAAAGCCAGAAGGAUUAUGUUGUCUAGUGGCUGAUGGAAAAAGGUUGAACAGAAUUGCUUCAAUCUCUUCGGUUGAAGAAGGCAAAAGUAAUCGUGGAGAACCUGUCAAACUUGCUUUGGAGAUGCGCAAAGAAGCACAAAUUAGUGUUUUAUCAGAUGGGCGACAGGUGACCAUUAACGUUUGUGUAGGUGAGGUUUGGAGUAAAAUCGUGUAUGGAGCUGUCUCUAAUCUUGGCAUCAACGUACGUGAUGAAACUUUAAUCUUAAAAUUGUUCAAUCUGGCUAUUCCUGAAGGAGGCGUGGUCAACCGAGAACGUACGGAUUCAAUUGCAACGUUACUGUCAGCGACAGGAAUGAAUUGUGAAACCGCCAAGUUUGAUCUUCGGCCAGUUACCGCGACACUGGAAGUUACAGCAGGAAACGACGAUUCAGAUUUUUCUUUGGAUUACCCUUUGUACAAGUCAACCCUAGGAUUGGCACAAGAAGUAGCUGCACAAUUGUCCAUGGAUUGCGACGGUUGCUGUUUGCUGAUCGGUGACGUUUAUGUUAUUCCUGACGAGAGGCAACUCCAUGAAAUUGCGUACAGAGAUUUGGAGGAAUUUUCUCACCAUAUGAAAUCAAACAUUACCGUUACAUUUCUGAGUAAAGAGAAGAUACAAGAGAGCGUUUCCAGAUCUUUGGAAGUCAACCCAGUUUGUUCCAUUGAUCCUCAAACGAAAACAGAAGAAGGUUCGUCUGAACAAGUAGAAGUCCGUAAUGACAACACCCCUUCGGUCGGUGCACCAGAUCAGGAGGCCUUACUUUUGGAACUUAUUAGAAAGAAGGCUCCUGUAUUGUGGAACUAUUUUGAACCACAAGAAUUGCAAAGAAUUUGUAAACAAGAGGUUUUGAUGUCUUUGCUUGACGUCAAAGAAUGCGUUAGAGAGAGAACAUAUAACAACGUCGACAUUAGUGAAAGAUCAUUUCAAGUGUAUUUUAGUAGGCGUAGUAAUGACCGAUCUAUGACCUUCCGUUGCCGUCUAUCUCAACUAAAGGAAAAAUUUCUCAAAGAAGUUAACUGCCAUGGAGGAAGCACCUCUGCACAUCUCGGAACAUUUGAUGAAGACGUUUUGUUCGCCCUAGACUCUGGUGCAAUUUUGACGGAAGCAGAUCUCCAUUGCUUUUCAGAAUCGUUCCAACCGAGACUGUGUGUUGUUAACAAACACCAAAUAAUUCAUGUUCGGGUCAGUGUGAGAAAUUUUCCCGAAAGUAGCAGCGGCUGGGAUUAUUGUGAUGCUUUUGAGCAACAUUUAGUCGACAGAUGCAUAGAAAUCAGAACAUGUGAGUGUGAUUUUGCUAUCUGGGCAAGAGCCGAUGUUCUCAAAACAAAGAUUGCUAGAGAACUACAUGACGAAACAAUGUAUCUGGUUCUUCACACCGUAGACGGCAAAGUUGUUGAAGAUAGUUCUUUGCUCAAAGAUCUUACAGAGAUGACGAGAUCAAAAUUAUAUUGUGCAGUAGGCUGCUCUAAGAUUGUUGUCUGCAACAGUACACGUACCACGUUGGUACCAGAUGCUGUAUCAAUGCAUGUUUUGAGCAAUUUGAAGAAGGAAAUGAGGUUCUGUCAAGAAUCCAUGUGUGAAAAGUACUUUGUGUGGCCUUUUUGGGACACUCUUUUUGAUCUGUGUCGUAUAAAAACUCACACUCAACGCCCUCUUUUCGUUCUUCCCCGAAGAGGAGCCGUGACUGCUAUAGCUGUGCGUGUGCCACAAGAAGAGGAUCUUGUUGUCCUUCCAAUUCCAGCAAGCAUGACACCAAUGUCUAUUAUAUCGUAUCUAGUGAAAAAUUCUUCUGAGACCUACCAAUUGGUAACAUCAGAUUGUAGUCGUGCUUUGUCCUUGUUGCAGCCCGUUGGUCAUGACCGCCAUGUUUUCAACUGUAAUACCACGUUGCAUCUACAAGAGAUUACCCAUACAUCCAAGUCGGAAAGAACAGAACUCGACGUUAUGUACACGUCGACUACGGGUCGCACAAAGACGCGCAAAUUGCUCAUAGGUGAGGAAGCGAGCGUCCAAAAUUGUCUUGAUGACUUUUACAAUGGACUAUCAGACCUACCGACCUCCCCACAUUGUCUACUCGAUGCGCAUACACGUUGUAAGUGGACAGAAGAAACUUGUUUUAAAACAACCUUCUGCCCACCUGUGAUGGCUGUGCGGCAAAGUGAAUUGGAAAAAGCGACUGUACCCGUGUUUUGUUACGACUCAUCGUCAGGCAGGAGAGACGAACUCGAACCAGGCUUGGUUCUUGAGCGGCCGGUCAGUAAGAUACGGCACAAAGUUUCAUGGGACUCGAUCGUUCAAUUUCUAAUAUCUGACUCAGCCAAGAACGUGGGAGACAUUGUCAGUCGAGGUGAAAAACCUUUUGUCACUCUUUCUGACGUUGACGUUAUCUUGGACAAGUGUCUGGUUACAGAUAAUUUUUGGAACUAUUUUCACAAGAAUUUGCAGCUUGCUGUCGGCUACUGGAAGCUGCUAGAGUUUGAAGGAGUAACAUUUGUACAUUUGCAAGAUCAAAGUCAGUCGACCUCAAAAUUUGAUAUGGCAAUGAGAGUGUGUCAUCCACAAGAUGUUUCUAUAAAAGAAAUAGCUAAACUUACCGAGUCCAUUAUCGGUGCAAAUUAUUCUCGUUUCACCCUGCAGUUUACGCAACAGAGAAGACGUCUACACUGGAACGAAACACUUGCUGACUGUAAUGUCGAAGAAACAAACGAACGCAAAAACAUUUGUCUUCAAUUUAAAAUUAUAGAGAGACUCCGUGUCAACGUAGUGUUGAAUGGCAGAACGAAGAAACUUGACGUUGACAUGGAAGAGAAAUCUGAGACUGUCAUACAAAGAGCACUUCGGCUGCUCAAGGUGCCCGCUUCUAAUGAACAUUUUUAUAUUGAUGAAUGGAGGACCGAAGAAGCUGUGCAAGAUCUCUUGGAGAAGGGCGACAUGGAUCCGUCGAGCGUAACAUUCUCGUUACUGCCCGUAGAAAAGGACUUCGACAUUGAGAUACAGAGCAGGCAAGAAACAAGACGAUUAAAGUUGCCGGUCUAUUGCACAACGAGGGAAUUCGUAGAGAUGAUAGAAGAGAAGGUGGACAUAGAGCGUGGCACCCAUUCUCGCCUUUUCGUCGAGCCGUAUCAUAUGGAAAUAGCAAUAAACGAAAGCCCACUACACCAGCAACUACAAGAUUUGAGAAGGCAAACGACGACAGAAGACAACAGCGAGACAGUACUGACGUCUUUCAGUCUGCAUGUUUCGUAGCAUUGGUAUCGUAAUCUUCUAGCGAUCAUAUACCUAUCUUUGGAUGUUUUUGCAUGUCAGCUGAGAUUGCAUGUAUUGUUUUAUGGGGAAGGUUGGUAGCGCCUAAGCAGCUGGCCAUUGUACUGCACUCGUGCAUGUGCUGCUCGCAACAAGCAUUGUUUUUACUAAGACAUUGUUUUGCUCUAUUGCUUCUUGCAGAUUUUUAAAUUUUUUAUCAUUCAUUUAGCACUUGUUUGUGUGAUUGUAAA